AUGCAAAUACAACAAAGUAUCUUUUUGUUAGUAUUGUUAUUAUUAACAGCUGAAAGUUUCGCGUGGUUUCAUCAUCAAAGUCGUACAAAACGAACAGCAACAAAUGAAUGUUGUGUUUCAUCUAAACUUAAUGUUGCUGCAAAAAAAGCAAAUAAUGGUCGACAUUUUUUUCGACAAUUAGCAACCGAAGCUGAUUCAUAUAAACUUGUUAAUCCAGAAAAUAUGUGUAAUUUAAUACAUUUUCUUAUUCAACAAGCAUCACUUAAUAAUAAACCAGUUUCAUUCGCGAAAGGCAAAUUUUAUAAAAGAUAUUGA